AUGGAAUCCAGACUAGGUUGGUUGACUAACUUGCAAACCUCUACCGGUGCUAACUUGAGAAGAAGCUCUAUCAUCGGUACCAUUGGUCCAAAGACCAACAGCCCAGAGGUUUUGGUUGCCUUGAGAAAGGCCGGUUUGAACAUUGUUCGUAUGAACUUCUCUCACGGUUCUUACGAAUACCACCAAUCUGUCAUCGACAACGCCAGAAAGUCUGAGGAACUAUACCCAGGUAGACCAUUGGCUAUUGCUUUGGACACCAAGGGUCCAGAAAUCAGAACUGGUACCACCACUAACGAGGUCGACUACCCAAUUCCACCAAACCACGAAAUGAUCUUCACCACUGAUGACAAGUACAACAAGUCUUCUGAUGACAAGAUCAUGUACAUUGACUACAAGAACAUCACCAAGGUCAUUGAAAAGGGUAGAAUCAUCUACGUUGACGACGGUGUGUUGUCUUUCGAAGUUUUGGAAGUCGUUGACGACAAGACCUUGAAGGUCAAGUCUUUGAACGCCGGUAAGAUCUGCUCUCACAAGGGUGUUAACUUGCCAGGUACCGACGUCGACUUGCCAGCUUUGUCCGAAAAGGAUAUCUCUGACUUGAAGUUCGGUGUCAAGAACGGUGUCCACAUGGUCUUCGCUUCUUUCAUCAGAACCGCCAACGAUGUUUUGACCAUCAGAGAAGUUUUGGGUGAAGAAGGUAAGGACAUCAAGAUCAUCGUCAAGAUUGAAAACCAACAAGGUGUCAACAACUUCGACGAAAUCUUGAAGGUUACCGACGGUGUUAUGGUUGCCAGAGGUGACUUGGGUAUCGAAAUCCCAGCCCCACAAGUCUUCGCUGUCCAAAAGAAGUUGAUUGCUAAGUGUAACUUGGCCGGUAAGCCAGUUAUCUGUGCCACUCAAAUGUUGGAGUCUAUGACUUACAACCCAAGACCAACCAGAGCUGAAGUCUCCGAUGUUGGUAACGCCAUCUUGGACGGUGCUGACUGUGUCAUGUUGUCUGGUGAAACUGCUAAGGGUAACUACCCAAUUAACGCUGUCAAGAUGAUGGCCGAAACUGCUUUGAUUGCUGAACAAGCCAUCCCAUACUUGCCAACUUACGACGACUUGAGAAACUGCACUCCAAAGCCAACCUCUACCACUGAGACCGUUGCUGCUUCCGCCGUUUCCGCCGUCUACGAACAAAACGCCAAGGCCAUCAUUGUCUUGUCUACCACUGGUACUACUCCAAGAUUGAUCUCCAAGUACAGACCAAACUGUCCAAUUGUCUUGGUUACCAGAAACCCAAGAGCCGCCAGAUUCUCUCACUUGUACAGAGGUGUCUUCCCAUUCGUUUACGAGAAGGGUACUGAAUCUGACUGGACCAAGGACGUCGAAGCCCGUUUGGCCUUCGGUGUUGCUCAAGCCAAGGAGAUGGGUAUCUUGAAGGAAGGUGACACCAUCGUUACCGUCCAAGGUUUCGCUGCUGGUGUCGGUCACUCCAACACUAUGCGCGUUUUGAAGCUUUAA